UCUCUGAGCGCCCGGAACGUUUCUCUGGGGGCGGGCUGUCGGAGAGUCCUAAUCACCGACGGACACCGGGAGGGACCUGGAGUGAACAUGAGUCGGAGGCUGAAAGAGGCUGUACGCUUACACUGCCACCUCCACAGGAUUCAGGCAGCAGGCACGUACUGGCAGCUCUCCACUACAUCAGAGAGAGACGAUGCUCAAAAUGCAGGCACUUGGCCAUGUGCCUCUCGUGGCGUCAGUACAGCCGGGAUUUCCAGACGAUCUGAGAAAACAUCAUCAAACUCUCUUUCUGCUGCAAAGAUCAGAUCUGAGUUUUUACAGGGUCUCAGGCAAACUGCUGCAGAGCAUUCUGGGAAGUCUGGCAUUGAUCCCUCAGGGCUGGAGAGUGUGAUCGAGUCGAUUCUGAAGCUGGGACUAAGCCAGGCUCAGGUAAAGCAGCUGCUCACUUUGAAUCCCAAAAUCACUGUGCAGCCUCCACAGAAGAGCCUCGCUGCACUCAAUGUACUCAACCUCCUCGGCCUAAACCCAAGUAACAUUAUCAAGAUCCUGGAGAAAUGUCCAGAGCUGCUUGGAGCAAAGGCACAUCAACUUCAACCACUUAUUGAGAGCCUGCAGAAGUAUGGGCUGGGAGAAGGCAGUCUACAACGUGUCUUGGUGCAUUCCCCACAGAUCCUGAAUCUCUCUGCAAAACAGGUGAACAACACAGUACGUUUCUUCAAAGACAAGUGUAUUUUCACAGCUGCUCAGAUCACAGAAAUCCUUCGGACUUCACCUAAUGUCCUUUUUGAGAAAUUUGAAGAAUUGGAAUAUAAGUUCCAGUAUGCCUACUUCCGAAUGGGUAUAAAACAAUCAGAAAUCGCAAAAUCUGCGUUAUUCCGGGUGUCGUUGGAAGAACUGAAGCAGCGUCACAUCUUCUUGGAACGUCUGGGACUUUACCAGACUCCAGAUAAGAAGGGACAGACUCAGAUUGUAAACCCUAAACUGAAGGACGUACUUUCCACCACUGAGGACCACUUUCUGGCUAAAGUGGCCAGGUCAACCCAGGAAGAGUUUGACAUCUUUAAGAAGCUACUGAGCCGUGAGGAGAUAGAGACAGAAGAACUAGAGUCCUUAGAAUGGGGAGAUGAAGAACAACAACUUGCAGAGGACUAUAGCAGUGAGGAAGAUAAUGGACCAUUUCAGAGAAAUCACUGAAAAAGGUUAUAUUCCAGAAGGGGGAUUAGGAGGUGGUGGUGAUUAAGAGGUGGUGGUGAUUAAAUGGAGUGUUCAUGCUGGCGGACACCAAUUAAAAUUGCAAAUGAAAAA